CUGAUAACUCUCUCACUCACACAUUUUUCUCAUCUCUUUAAGAAGAUGUUUCCACAAACUUCGCUGGCUCUGAGCUUGUUGUUGUUUCUCACUGUGCAGAUAUUGAGCACUGGCGACUGCUGGACCAGUUCACAGAAGCAGCGUCAGAAAAGGGAAUGGGUCGUUCCUCCCAUACGGUUUAAAGAAAAUGUAGACUACAGUCAUCUGCCCUAUGUUGGCAAGAUCCGAUCAGACAAUGAUGAGACCAUGAAGCUACACUACACUCUAAGGGGACCAGGAGCUGACCAGCCACCUGUUGGUUACUUUGUAGUAGACACAUACACAGGACUGGUUCACAUUAUACGGCCCCUGGAUCGUGAGGAGAGACAAUACUACACUCUUAUUGGCACUGCAUGGUAUUCUAACAAAACCAUAGCUGAAGGUAAUAUUAAAAUUAAUGUUGUUGUGGAGGACCAGAAUGAUAACUCACCAGUUUUCAUCAAGCCAGAACGAAGCAGCAUUUAUGAGGGGAGCCCAGUUGGUACCUUCAUAACACAAGUUGUGGCCAAAGAUGCAGAUGAGCCGGACACUCCUCACACUAAGAUAGCAUACAGCUUGAUCAAGCAAGAGCCAAAUGAUGGCACGCUUUUCUUUGCUGUUGACAAAGACAAUGGAAUAAUCUAUGUGAAGAGCUCAACACUUGACAGAGAGGAACACAGUUCUUUCGUUCUUACGCUGCAAGCUGCUGACAUGUAUGGAAGCCCUGAAGGAAAUUCUGCUACAGCCACUGUAUUUAUAGAUAUCCUGGAUGUCAAUGACAAUAUUCCUACUUUGGAAAAGGAUGAGUUUUCAGCCAGUAUUGAGGAGAACGAGGCACCUGUUGAGGUUUUGAGGAUCCAGGCUCUGGAUAAUGACGAAGAGAGGACAGACAAUUGGUUGGCCGAGUUUGAAAUAGUCUCGGGGAACGAGGAUGGACGUUUUUCUAUUGAAACUGAUCCAAAGACAAAUAUUGGUGUUUUGUACCUGAACAAGCCUGUAGACUUUGAGUCAGUAUCUGAUAUGAACCUGAAUCUAGUUGUUGCAAACAAAGCUCUUCCAGGAGCACCAGGUGCAGCUGGAGCUUCUGGAGCAGGUGGUCAACAUGUGUUUUUUGGAGGAAGCUCCAGUGUCCCCGAGCAAAAGAAAUACUUAGUUAAGAUCAGUGUCAAAAACAAACCAGAAAGCCCAAAGUUCCGGCCAAAGAUCAAGCCUAUAUCUGUUUCUGAGAACCCCCUAAAUUCUUUUCCAAGAGUAAUUGACACCUACACUGCUACAGAAGAAGACACAGGCAAAACAGCAGAAAAAGUCAAGUAA